UCCAGGACUCCGAACUUUCACACAAGUUGCCAAAGACCUGCAGACUCACCUCUAUCUCUCUCUCUUCCCUCCUUUCUGCUGUGGGAUCUGAAGCCCCAGGACUGAGCUGCCUCUCUGCUUUAUCUCUUUCAUUCCUGUUUCCAUCUCCCUCUCUAACACAAACAACAGACCUGACCUGCUGCAUUUUUAUCCCGUGCCCCCUCCCAGUCACCCCCAAAAAGGACUCACAGAAAGGAAACAGAAGACAGGAAGAAAAAGGAUCAUUGCGAAGGGAAUUUGGGCAAACUCUCUCCUCCCUCGCAGCUCAGAGCCAGGACACAGGGGACUGAGGAAGCCCCUGCAAGGGUUAAUCGAACCGUAGCCAAAAAACAUCUCACUGUUUCCAAGCGAAGGACAAAUAAUAAGGGAACUAAUUUGAUUGUUGAGGUCAGUUCCAGCAGCUUGAACUUGAUUUCACAGAUUUUGGGGUUUGGAUCCAGCAGUUGCCUGCUCACUUUUGCUGUGAUUUUCUCCACCCUUUUUUGCUUCGUUAGUUGAUCCCCCAUAUAAAAAGCGAAAAGCUCCCGAACCAAAGUCAUCAUGAGCAGCAACGAUUAUUACGACCAGCAGCAGUUUUACCAGGGCGAAGAGGCAGAGGAGAUGCCCGCUACAGAGAAGGACUUGGCAGAAGAUGCCCCUUGGAAGAAGAUCCAGCAGAACACCUUCACCAGGUGGUGUAAUGAGCAUCUCAAGUGCAUGAACAAGCGCAUUGGGGACCUGCAGAAGGACCUGAGUGAUGGCCUGAAGCUCAUAGGCCUGCUGGAGGUGCUCAGUCAGAAGAAGAUGUACAGAAAGUACCAUUCCAGACCCAACUUUCGGCAGAUGAAACUGGAGAACGUGUCAGUGGCUCUGGAAUUCCUGGAUCGGGAGCACAUCAAGCUGGUGUCUAUAGAUUCAAAAGCCAUUGUAGAUGGGAACCUAAAGCUGAUCCUGGGUCUAAUCUGGACACUUAUCCUUCACUACUCCAUUUCUAUGCCCAUGUGGGAGGAUGAGGAUGAAGAAGAUGCAAAGAAGCAGACUCCAAAGCAGAGACUUCUGGGAUGGAUACAAAACAAAAUACCACAGCUUCCAAUCACCAAUUUCCACCGUGACUGGCAGGAUGGCAAAGCUUUGGGAGCUCUUGUGGACAAUUGUGCCCCAGGUCUGUGUCCAGACUGGGAGGCCUGGGAUCCCAACCAGCCUGUGGAGAAUGCAAGAGAGGCCAUGCAACAAGCAGAUGAUUGGUUGGGAGUACCACAGGUCAUUGCCCCAGAGGAGAUUGUAGAUCCCAACGUGGAUGAACAUUCAGUUAUGACUUACCUGUCACAGUUUCCUAAAGCCAAAUUGAAACCAGGAGCACCACUCCGAUCCAAGCAGUUACACCCCAAGAAAGCAAAUGCCUAUGGACCAGGUAUUGAGCCUCAUGGAAACAUGGUUCUGAAACCUGCCUACUUCACAGUAGAGACCAUAAAUGCUGGUCUGGGGGAAGUAUUAGUGUUUGUGGAAGAUCCUGAAGGACACACAGAAGAGGCCAAAGUUAUUCCUAACAAUGACAAGAACAGAACCUACUCAGUAAGCUAUGUUCCAAAGGUUGCCGGCCUUCAUAAGGUCACUGUGUUGUUUGCUGGCCAGAAUAUCAACAAAAGUCCAUUCAACGUCAAUGUUGCCAUGGCAUUGGGAGAUGCUAAUAAGGUGACAGCACGAGGACCUGGACUGGAGCCUGUUGGAAAUGUUGCCAAUAAACCAACAUAUUUUGAUAUCUACACUGCAGGUGCUGGGUCUGGUGAUGUUGGUGUAAUCAUUGUAGACCCACAGAACCAUCAAGAUACAGUGGAAGUCAUUUUAGAAGACAAAGGGGACAAUAUAUAUCGCUGCACUUAUCGUCCCAACAUGGAGGGACCCCACAAAGUCUUCAUUACUUUUGCUGGGUCUCAAAUCCCCAAAUGCCCAUAUGUUGUCAAUAUCUCAGAAGCUGUAGUUUUGCCUCAGGCUCCCAGCACACCUCCCCUGCAGAUCACCCCACAGGCCAUUGUCACCCCACCACCUGAUAAAGCCAAGAAAGUGGCCCCCCCACCUCCACCCAAACCCAAACCACGCAAGUCAACAUGUAAUCCCAAUGCCUGCAGAGCCACAGGCCGGGGCUUACAGCCCAAAGGUGUGCGUGUGAAGGAAGUGGCUGAUUUCAAAGUAUUCACCAAAGGAGCUGGAAGUGGAGAACUUAAAGUCACUGUUAAAGGGCCAAAGGGUACAGAGGAGCCAGUUAAAAUCCGCGAUGCAGGGGAUGGUGUAUACGAAUGUGAUUAUUACCCAGUGUUGCCAGGAAAAUAUACAGUGACUAUCACAUGGGGUGGAUAUGCCAUCCCCAGGAGCCCCUUUGAAGUCCAAGUUAGCCCAGAAGUGGGAUUACAGAAAGUGAGAGCAUGGGGUCCUGGCCUAGAGACUGGCAUGGUUGGUAAAUCAGCUGACUUUGUAGUGGAAGCAAUAGGCACAGAAGUUGGAACUCUUGGCUUCUCCAUUGAGGGCCCAUCCCAGGCAAAGAUUGAGUGUGAUGACAAGGGUGAUGGAUCUUGUGAUGUACGCUAUUGGCCCACAGAACCCGGCGAGUAUGCAGUUCAUGUAAUUUGUGAUGAUGAAGAUAUAAAAGACAGCCCUUUCAUUGCUCAUAUCCUGCCAGCUAGCAACAAAGGAUUCCCUGAGAAGGUUAAAGCAUAUGGACAAGGUUUAGAACCCACAGGCUGCAUAGUAGAGCAUCCUGCUGAGUUUACUAUUGAUGCUCGGGCUGCUGGCACGGCUGAACUGAAAAUAUAUGCUCAGGAUGCAGAGGGGUCACCAAUUGACAUCAAGAUCAAGGACAAUGGUGACAACACCUAUGUGUGUGUCUAUGUACCAACCAAGCCAAUCAAGCACACAAUCAUUAUUACAUGGGGAGGAGUCAAUAUUCCAAACAGCCCGUAUAGGGUGUCAGUCGGAGAGGGCAGUCAUCCCAAUAAAGUAAAGGUUUAUGGACCUGGCGUAGAGAAGACAGGACUAAAAGCCAAUGAGCCAACAUAUUUUACAGUGGACUGCAGUGAAGCUGGACAAGGAGAUGUCAGCAUUGGGAUUAAGUGUGCUCCUGGAGUUGUGGGACCAGCAGAAGCAGAUAUUGACUUUGACAUUAUCAAGAAUGACAACGAUACAUUUACUGUAAAAUACACACCCCCUGGAGCAGGGAAAUAUACUAUCAUGGUGUUGUUUGCUGACCAGGAAAUACCUACCAGUCCAUUCCGAGUCAAGGUAGAUCCCUCACAUGAUGCUAGCAAAGUCCGUGCAGAAGGCCCAGGGCUUAACCGUACAGGAGUGGAGGUUGGAAAACCCACACAUUUUACUGUUUACACCAAGGGAGCUGGUAAGGCUAAACUUGAUGUUCAGUUUGCUGGGAGCAUUAAGGGUGAAGCUGUGCAAGACUUUGAAAUCAUUGAUAACCAUGACUAUUCAUACACUGUGAAGUAUACAGCAGUGCAGCAGGGUACCUUAACUGUGUCAGUAACUUAUGGAGGGGACCCCAUUCCUAAAAGUCCUUUCAAUGUUAAUGUGGCACCUCCUCUAGAUUUGAGCAAAGUCAAGGUUCAAGGGCUUAACAACAAGGUAGAUGUCGGGAAAGACCAGGAGUUCUCAAUUGAUACCAGUGGAGCUGGAGGUCAAGGAAAAGUGGAUGUGAAGAUCACAUCUCCUUCUCGUCGGCCAAUACCCUGUAAAGUAGAGACUGGAGUUACAAGUGACAUUCACACGGUGAAAUACAUGCCCCCUGAGGAGGGCCCAUAUAAAGUGGACAUCAGCUAUGAUGGACAUCCUGUACCAGGAAGCCCCUUCUCUGUGGAGGCAGUAAUGCCACCUGACUCUUCCAAGGUUCGUGCCUAUGGACCCGGAUUGAAAGGAGGUUUUGUAGGAAAACCAGCCCCAUUUGCAAUUGACACCAAAGGAGCUGGUACAGGAGGAUUGGGUCUUACAGUAGAAGGUCCAUGUGAGGCAAAAAUUGAAUGCCAGGAUAAUGGAGAUGGCUCCUGCUCAGUUUCUUACCUUCCCACUGAACCAGGGGAAUAUUCUAUAAACAUCCUAUUUGCAGAAUCCCACAUACCAGGCUCUCCAUUCAAGGCUGACAUCCGCCCUGUCUUUGACCCCAGCAAGGUCACAGCUAGUGGGCCUGGGCUUGAAAAAGGAAAAGCUGGUGAAGUGGCCACCUUCACCGUGGAUUGCUCCAAAGCUGGGGAUGCAGAGCUUACAAUUGAGAUCCUGUCAGAUUCAGGUUCAAAGGCUGAAGUACUGAUUCAGAAUAACAGCGAUGGGACCUACAGCAUCACCUACAUUCCAGCAUGCCCUGGAGCCUACACAAUUACCAUCAAGUAUGGAGGUCACGCUGUCCCAAAAUUCCCUGUGCGUGUAAAUGUAGAGCCUGCAGUAGACACCAGUGGCGUGAAGGUGUUUGGCCCAGGGGUGGAACCCAGAGGGGUGCUUCGUGAGGUAACUACAGAAUUCACCGUUGAUGCUCGUUCCCUCACUAAGACUGGUGGCAGUCACGUGACCACGCGCAUUCUCGGCCCCUCUGGAGCUGUCACUGAGAGUUUCUUAUCAGACAAUGGAGAUGGCACCUACCAUGUGCAGUAUACAGCGUAUGAGGAUGGAGUGCACUUGAUUGAAGUUCUUUAUGAUGAUGUUCCAGUGCCAAAGAGCCCAUUUCGUGUGCCUGUGACUGAGGGCUGUGAUCCAUCUCGUGUACGGGCAUAUGGUCCAGGGCUUGAAGGAGGGCUGCUUAACAAGUCUAACCGUUUUACUGUGGAGACAAGGGGAGCUGGAACUGGGGGGCUUGGUCUGGCCAUAGAAGGUCCUUCUGAGGCAAAAAUGUCAUGUAAGGAUAAUAAAGAUGGAAGUUGCAGUGUGGAAUACAUACCAUUUACUCCAGGAGAUUAUGAUGUGAAUAUCACAUUUGGGGGGCGUCCCAUUCCAGGAAGUCCCUUCCGUGUUCCAGUUAAGGAAAUUGUGGACCCCAGCAAGGUGAAGUGUUCUGGUCCUGGGCUUGGAUCUGGUGUCAGAGCCCAUGUUCCUCAGACUUUCACAGUGGAUUGUAGUAAAGCUGGACUGGCACCACUAGAAGUGCUGGUGCAAGGACCCUCAGGUUUGGCAGAGCCUGUAGAUAUAAGAGAUAAUGGAGAUGGGACACACACAGUUAAUUAUACUCCAGCCACAGAUGGACCAUACACUGUGUCUGUAAGAUAUGCUGAUCAGGAGGUGCCACGAAGCCCAUUCAAGAUCAAAGUGCUGCCAACCCAUGAUGCCAGCAAAGUGCGCGCCAGUGGCCCUGGUCUCAACACAGCAGGUAUUCCAGCCAGCCUGCCUGUUGAGUUUACCAUUGAUGCCCGUGAUGCAGGGGAAGGUCUGCUAACUGUUCAGAUUCUGGACCCUGAAGGUAAACCAAAGAAGGCAAAUAUUAGAGGCAAUGGUGAUGGCACCUACACAGUGUCUUAUGUACCAGACAUGGCUGGAAGAUACACUAUCACCAUCAAAUAUGGAGGAGAUGAAAUUCCUUACUCACCUUUCCGAAUUCAUGCUGUGCCCACUGGUGAUGCCAGCAAGUGCUUAGUGACAGUGUCUAUUGGUGGACAUGGAUUAGGAACAUGCCUGGGACCCUCAAUUCAGAUUGGGGAGGAGACUGUCAUCACAGUGGAUGCUAAAGCUGCAGGGAAAGGCAAGGUGACCUGCAAAGUAUCAACACCUGAUGGAGCAGAACUGGAUGUUGAUGUAGUGGAAAAUCAGGAUGGAACUUUUGACAUUUACUACACAGCUCCUGAGCCUGGCAAAUAUGUAAUCACAAUUCGUUUUGGUGGCGAGCACAUACCCAACAGCCCCUUCCAUGUUGUGGCAUGUGACACCAUUCCCAUCAUAGAGGAACCGUGUGAUACAGUACAACUACACCAGCCCUACCCCGCACACCUCCCUGGCUAUCCAACUAACUGGGCCACAGAGGAGCCAGUAGUUCCUGUAGAGAAUUUGGAUACCAUGCUGAGGCCAUUCAAUUUAGUCAUUCCCUUUACUGUGCAAAAAGGGGAAAUUACAGGUGAAGUACGUAUGCCUUCUGGUAAGACAGCUCGUCCUAAUAUUACGGAUAACAAAGAUGGCACUGUCACUGUGAAAUUUGCACCUGUUGAAAAAGGACUACAUGAGAUGGACAUAAAAUAUGAUGGAAACCAUAUUCCAGGGAGCCCACUGCAGUUUUAUGUAGAUGCCAUUAAUAGCAGACAUGUAAGUGCAUAUGGGCCAGGACUGAGUCAUGGAAUGGUGAAUAAACCAGCAACGUUUACUAUUGUUACAAAGGAUGCCGGUGAAGGUGGAUUAUCCCUAGCAGUGGAAGGACCAUCAAAAGCUGAGAUCACUUGCAAAGACAAUAAAGAUGGCACUUGCACCGUAUCCUACAUGCCAACAGCCCCUGGUGAUUAUAACAUCAUUGUGAGAUUUGAUGAUAAGCACAUCCCUGGUAGCCCCUUCACAUCCAAAAUAACAGGUGAUGACUCAAUGAGAACUUCCCAGCUGAAUGUGGGAACCUCCACAGAUGUUUCCCUCAAGAUUACAGAAUCAGACUUGAGUUUGCUUACUGCUAGUAUCAGAGCUCCAUCUGGAAAUGAGGAGCCGUGUCUACUAAAGAGGCUUCCCAACAGGCACAUUGGCAUUUCAUUUACACCAAAAGAAGUUGGUGAGCACGUAGUAAGUGUUAAGAAGAAUGGGAAGCACGUCACUAAUAGCCCAUUCAAAAUCAUGGUGGGACCAUCUGAAAUUGGAGAUGCCAGCAAGGUGAAAGUGUCUGGAAAGGGACUGCUGGAGGGAGUAACAUUUGAAGUGGCUGAAUUCAUUGUAGACACCAGGAAUGCAGGAUAUGGAGGAUUGGGCUUAUCCAUUGAAGGCCCAAGUAAGGUGGAUAUUAAUUGCGAAGAUAUGGAAGAUGGAACAUGUAAAGUGUCUUACUGUCCUACUGAGCCUGGAACAUACAUUAUAAACAUUAAGUUUGCAGAAAAGCAUGUGCCAGGAAGUCCAUUUAUGGUAAAAGUGACAGGUGAGGGACGUAUGAAGGAGAGCAUAACCCGAAGGCGUCAGGCUCCUUCUAUUGCGAGCAUUGGCAGCACCUGCGAUCUCAACUUGAAGAUACCAGGCAAUUGGUUCCAGAUGGUAUCAGCUCAAGAACGUUUAACUCGCACCUUUACACGUAGCAGCCACACAUACACUCGUACAGAGCGCACAGAGAUCAGUAAGACCCGAGGAGGUGAGACAAAGCGCGAAGUGCGUGUGGAGGAAUCUACACAGGUUGGCGGUGAUCCUUUCCAUAAUGUGUUUGGAGAGUUUCUGGGUCGGGAAAGCCUAGGAACAUUUGGCAGCAUCACAAGGCAGGAAGGAGAGGCUGGUGCCCAGGAAAUGACAGCCCAAGUAACAAGCCCCUCUGGACAAACAGCAGACGCUGAAAUAAUUGAUGGUGAAGAUAACACAUACAGUGUGCGUUUUGUGCCACAGGAGAUGGGUGCUCACACAGUUAGCGUCAAGUACCGUGGCCAGCAUGUUCCUGGUAGUCCCUUCCAGUUCACUGUUGGGCCUAUGGGAGAGGGAGGCGCCCAUAAAGUCAGGGCUGGAGGCCCCGGCCUGGAAAGAGGAGUUGCAGGUGUACCAGCUGAAUUCAGCAUCUGGACACGAGAGGCAGGAGCUGGAGGUCUAUCAAUAGCAGUAGAAGGUCCAAGCAAAGCAGAGAUCACUUUUGAAGAUCGAAAGGAUGGAUCCUGUGGAGUGUCUUACAUUGUACAAGAAGCAGGUGAUUAUGAGGUUUCCAUCAAAUUUAAUGAUGAGCACAUUCCAGACAGCCCCUUUGUAGUACCUGUGGCUUCCCGUUCUGAUGAUGCCCGGAGACUGACAGUCACCAGCCUACAGGAGACUGGAAUAAUUGUUAAUCAACCAGCUUCAUUUGCUGUACAACUGAAUGGAGCCCGUGGAGUGAUAGAUGCCAAGGUUCACACCCCAUCAGGAAUGGUUGAGGAGUGUUAUGUAUCAGAAGUUGAUAGUGAUAAGUACUCAAUCCGUUUCAUUCCACGGGAAAAUGGUGUGCACUCCAUUGAUGUUAAAUUUAAUGGGCGCCACAUACCAGGCAGUCCCUUCAAGAUUCGUGUGGGAGAACAAAGUCAAGCAGGCGACCCUGGUCUUGUUACAGCUUAUGGGCUUGGACUGGAGGGUGGAGUCACAGGUAGACCCUCUGAGUUCAUUGUAAGUACUCUAAAUGCUGGAGCUGGAUCCCUCUCUGUUACUAUUGAUGGACCUUCUAAAGUGAAACUAGACUGUCAGGAUUCCCCUGAGGGAUAUAAAGUCUCAUACACACCAAUGGCCCCUGGAAACUACUUGAUUUCCAUCAAAUAUGGAGGCCCACAACACAUUGUAGGAAGUCCAUUUAAGGCCAGAGUGACAGGUGUACGUCUGUCAGGUGGUCACAGCCUUCAUGAAACCUCCACAGUGUUGGUGGAAACUGUCACCAAAUCCUCUGCAUCUGUUGGAGGAUAUGCAAUGACAGCACCUAAAUUCUCAUCAGAUGCUUCCAAAGUGGUAUCCCGUGGACCUGGCCUGUCUAAAGCCUUUGUGGGACAGAAAAACACAUUCACUGUGGACUGCAGCAAAGCUGGCACCAACAUGCUAAUGGUAGGAGUGCAUGGGCCAAAGACCCCCUGUGAGGAGGUGUAUGUAAAGCACAUGGGAAACCGACUGUACAAUGUGACCUACACUGUUAAAGAUAAAGGGGACUACAUCUUGAUCGUCAAGUGGGGUGACCAGAAUGUCCCUGGGAGUCCAUUUCAAGUUGCUGUCCCUUGAGACAGUUAAAUAUUCCCUUAAAUUGGGGUGGCAACGCAGGGAGCCAACCCAUGUGCCAUUGAAGGACAGGACACUUAUUUUUUUUAAUGCAAAUGCACUGAACAAAAAAAACAAACAAACUGUAAUAGCAAAAUACCAUAAUUUCACUAAGUGCCUUUGCACAUAUAACCUGAGAACUCUCCUACAGCAUGCAGGCACAGUAGAGAUGCCAGAAGCAUGGCACAAGGAGAGGAGGGCAACAAGCAUGCACAUUAGCCACAAUGCCCAUUUUGCUUUUUACAAAAUGUUUCUUUAUAUUCCGGCUGGUGUUUUAUUUUAUAAUGUCGCUACCUGUUGUGUUUUAUAUGCGCUUUUUGUGUUUUUUUCUAUUGUUGGGUGGGGGGUUUGAGUUAAAUGAUUAAAAGGAGGUAUUAGAGGUCAAGGGAUCAUCAUAGCAGGUUACUGCUGAUCACUGGAAUCAUCUACACAGUGAAACUCCUUGUAAUACAGCACAUAGCUGCUUUAUGUCCAGUAUUAUUUCAUUACUUUAUUUACACACAUUUGGUUAUUUGUUCUCCUUAUAUUCCUCAUUUCUAUCUUGUCAUUAUAAAAUAUUAAUAUAGCAGAUGCACAAAAAUUGCAGCUAGAAGGAGCAGGGUGAUUUCUAAAAAAACUGAGCAAAUGUAGAAUAAUACUUAUCCCAGGGCCAGUCACUUUCCAAAAUAGAAUGCUUUCUCAUUUCUGAAGAGAAUGAAAUACAAUUAUAUUAAAUAUCAUAAAAUCUGAAUUGUCUUGAUUCAAAUGGAAGAAACUAAGGCUACUGAUCCAGGUUUUUAUUUUUUUUUAUAAUUUAUCUUUCUUGUGCAAAAUAUAUAUUUGUUAAUUAAAACAUUAAAGCUAUAUACAUAUUGAUCCCUUGACCCCUGAUAUGGCCAGUCUCAAAGAAUAUGAUUGGUUGUCGAAGCACUGUGAUAAAGAGUCAAGGUCGUGUGGACCUUUGCCAUGUGACUGCGUUGCACAGGCCUUAAAAUGUCUGUGGUUAUUUGUUAGAGAUCUUUUAAUUGGUGCAUCCAAAAACAUAAAAUAAAAAUGUAUUGCAAAUGUGA